ACCGGAAGCUGCUAGCAGAGCUAGCUUGUUGUUCUGGUGUGUGAGGAGAAUAUUUGAGGCUCUGCAGUAAAAAUGUCUUCACUUCAGUCUCUGGGAGAGUUGAUCAGCUAAAGCGACUAACUGCUGCUGCUGCAGAAAUCUUCUCACCAGGCUGUGGAAACUUUCUUCUCCUCCUCAACAACUUGGUGGAGUUCUUUCCAGAACCAGAGAAGAUAUUCUGCGGUCUUCGUGACAAUCGGAGCUCCAGAAUCAGGUUGUGGAUUGAAGAGGUUCCCUCUAUCAGACUCGCUCAUCUGAGUUGGUCAUGAUGCAGGAUCGCUGCUCGCUCUCUGAUCCAUCCUGCUCACACUCUCCGACGGAAAAGCCCCGAAUCUGAAUGUGACUCUGGAGGAAAAAGCGGUUAGCUCUACUCCGUGAACUCUGCUGUUAGCUAAACACGGCUAAAGAAAACCUGCUACCACUUCAGGAUCUGGGACUGAUUCAUCGUGUGUUCUUCACCACCUGGACCUGGACAGCAUGGACACAGAUGUUCAACAGGUGGUUCUGGUUAAAGAAGAUCCUGAAGAACAGAGUGCUGGUGUGGACCAACAGGACCCAGAAUGUCUUCUCAUAAAGGAGGAACAGGAGGAACUCUGGACCAGUCUGGAGGGAGAGCAUCUAUGUUUGAAGGAGGAGACUGAUGCUGCCAGGUUUCCAUUCACUGUUGUUUCUAUAAAGAGUGAGGAUGAUGAAGAGAAACCUCUGUUCUCACAGCUUCAUCAGCAGCAAAUAGAAGUCAGAGAUGUUCCAACCAGCAGCUCAUCUGACGAGAUGACAGCAGAGACUGUUGGAGGAGCAGGAACUAGCAGGAACCCAGAUCUGAACCCUCAUGAACAAACAUCCGAUUCUUCAGAGACUGAAGUUAGUGGAGAUGGUGAUGAGGAUUAUGGCUCUGGGUUUGAAACUAUAGAUGGAGAUGAUGACUGGAACGAGAGCAGGUCUUCUGAGUCAGAUGUCAACAAAUCCUUUAGCUGCCCCGAGUGUGGUAAACAGUUUCUCCACAAGGGGUCUCUCCAGAAACAUGUGAGAGUGAAAGGUCAUUCAGCUGUAAGGUCUUCAGGCUCUUUGGUUAAUAAGAAAUGUGUUAGAGUGAAGCAACAUGUAGACUCGUGCAGGAAAGUCCAGAAAGAACAAAAAUCAUUUAGUUGUGACGACUGUGGAAAAAUGCUUGGAACCAAAUCUCAUUUAGCCGACCACAUGAGAGUCCACACAGGACAGAAGCCUUUUGUCUGUGAAUUCUGUGAGAAAAGAUUUAGCCGAAAGGCAAAUUUAAACUUGCAUAGGAAAUACCACACAGGACAGAAGCCUUUCGUCUGUGAGCUCUGUGGACAAAAAUUUAGCCUAAAGGCAAUUUUUAACAGACACAUGAAAGUCCACACGGGACAGAAGCCUUUUGCCUGUGAACUCUGUGGACACAGAUUUAGCCAAGACACCCAUUUAAAAACACACAUGGGUGUCCACACAGGACAGAAACCUUUUGCAUGUGAGCUCUGUGGACAAAGAUUUAGCCAUAAGGGAAGUGUAGACAGACACAUGAGAGUCCACACAGGACAGAAGCCUUUUUCUUGUGAGCUCUGUGGACAACAGUUUAGCCAACAGUCAACUUUAACCAAACACAUCGUUGUCCACACAGGACAUAGGCCUUUUUCUUGUGAACUAUGUGGACAAAGAUUUAGCCUAAAGACAGGUUUAAGCAGUCACAUGAAGGUUCACAUGGGAAACAAACCGUUUGCUUGUGAGCUCUGUGGACGAGCAUUUAGCAGGAAGACACAUUUAAACAGCCACAUGAAAGUCCACUUGAGACACAAAGAACUUGUUGAACCACAAGAAUACCAAAAGUGAUUUCUUGCCUUUGAACCACAUGCUGUUGUUCCCAAAUUGUAAAAUUUCACUAAAUUCCCAUUUCCACCAAGAGGCGGCAAAGUAUUUUUGGUUUACCCUGGGUAAUCAUUUAACUACGAGAGUACUAAAAGGGGAUCCUUGUAGUUUUCACAUCUUGUGUGUCAGUUUAUGGUAAAAAUAAGUGACUCACCCGACCCAGCUGGGUAACAAACACCACUCCAGACAGGAGGAAGGUGACCAGUGUGCCAAGAGGAAGCCCCGGUGAAAAUCAAAGGAGGGUGUAAUCAUACCUGCAAACUAGGGCUGGGCAAUGAAUCAAAAAUGUAUCUUUAUCAACAUUUCUGACUCCUAUCGAGAUAAUUAUUUCCAUGUCAAUAAAUUUGAUGAAAAAAAAAAGAAGAGAUUUGUGUAGGUUGGCAAAAUUCAUGUCCCUUUAAGAAGCGGUACCACCUUGAGUCACGUAAAAAUGUCACUCAACGUAACAUGCGACAGCCCCAUCUAGUGGACAACUUUUGUUUCUGCGCAUACCUGUAGUCAUCGUCCAUUUAUCGAGGUGAAAUCCUCAACAUAUC